UUUUGAACGUGAGGAUGGAACAGACUUUGCUCUGCGUGCUGGGAUUUUUCUGUAAAGCUAAAGAUUCACCUAAACUCUCUGUGUCAUUAUUGUGGCCAAAUCCCGGAGCGUCAGUUAAUCUGAACUGUGCUGCUGAACAUCCAUCUGCAGGCUGGAGGUUCUACUGGUACAAGCUUAUUCCUGAUAAAGCAGACUUCUAUGACUAUGAGCUGCUCCCUGGAAGCACAAACGGGACCACACAGGAUUCCUAUGUCGUCUAUAAUCACACAAAUACAGCAGGGUAUGCAUGCAGAGCAGGAAGAGGAGACCCAGUGCAUUACACGUUUUACAGUGAUCCCAAAUUUGUCUGGUCCAGAGAGUUUCAGUCACCACCGUCUCUCAGAGUGAGUCCUGACAAAGUUCAACACUUCAAGUCAGACUCUGUGUCACUGACCUGUGAGGGAAACUCGUCCACACAGUGGACAGUGGUGAAGUUUAAAGACGGUUUUAUGAGUCAGCGAUGCUCCAGCUUUGGGACACUGAAUGGAUCAACAUGCAUCACUAAGUUAAAUGAGCAACAUGCAGUGUACUGGUGCGAGUCUAAGUCAGGACAAUUCAGCAGCGCUGUCAACAUCAGUACAUCACUCAAAGGUAUUCUACUUGAGAGUCCGGCACAUCCUGUGGCUGAAGGAGCAGCUGUUACUCUUCGCUGCAAGCUGAAGAUGGGGAACUUUGUUGCUAAUGUUGUCUUCUAUCAAAACGACAAAGUCGUCCAGAAUGACACGAGAUGGGAGCUGACGAUCCCUGCGGUGUCAGAGUCACAUGAAGGCUUUUACAGAUGUGAAGGAAAAUAUUCUCAGCAGACCCUGACUUCACCACAGAGUUGGAUUUCAGUCAAAUCAUGGUCCAAACCAGAAAGUUCUCGCGGUCAUUUGCCUCUGAUUGGUGGAUUGGUUUGUGGAGUUUUAGUAAUAAUUCCUCUGCUGCUGUUUUUUUGCUACAGAAAGUCUAAAGACUCAAAUGGUAACAGUCAGACAUUUGCCACAGACCAAACUGUCAAUCAAGGUGAAAAUCAACAGCAGGUGUACUCGACUCUUCUUCACGGUGACGUUUGUAUCUAUGAAACAGUUGGAGGCUCUGGAAACACUGGGACUGGACGCCAACAUCAUAAAGGGGAGGAGCUUGACUGCAACUAUGAAAAUCUAGAUUCAGGUGCAUGUAGAAAUAUUAGCAUGGAUAGGCAAAUCAGCAAUUAGCCAAAUUGACCAGAUGACGCUCAAAGUUAACCAUAAAAGACCUCCAUGAACAAUUUUCUUUUUUAAUGUCAGCCGGGGUUGGCUUGGUACUCAGUGUAAAAUUAACCACUGCAUGUUUGUGGAGUGCGGGAUGAAACUGGAGAACCCAUAAAGAACCCAAACACACACAGGGAGAACAUGCAAAGUCCACACAGACAAAGGCCCUCAGUUGAACCAGGAAUCGAACCUACGACCUUCUUGACCUACUCUACCGUGUGGACCCUCUGUUGGUCUGUAGGUCAUCACUGGAACAAGGCUCCUGAUGUACAAAGCUUGUUGAUUAAUUAUUUCAUUAUCAUCUCAUCUUUUUCUUUUAAUAAAAAUCUUUGU